AUGGCUGUGUAUAUCCAGAAGCAUUCCCUGGAGAGUCCUCCACCGGCUGGAAAGGACUGGCUAAGGGAAGAUGAAGAUUUCUUCCUGCAGGAUCCCGAUCGAAAGCGUGAUUCAUUGCCUCAGCCACUUGGAAUGGUCAACAAACUGGAGAUGAUGGUUUUUUAGAAUGCUAUGGAAACCAUUGAAAGAAGGGAAGUGCUCCAAAUGGCACACAUCCUAAAGAUCCAUCCUACAAAAUGCUUUCCUGCAGCUGAAUUCCAGGUAAGUGAAAGAGACAACUGCCUUGCAGUGUCUGGGAAGUACCUCUUUGUUGGUCUGUCCGUGGGUCUGGCUGCCUUCAGGGUGUCUGACUGUAAGGAGACCUCAUCUUGGGAUGAGGUCAAGAAGGAGGUUUGUGCUGUCCGUGCAUCAGAUCUGGGGAGUGAGUGCCAUGUUGUGCUUGCUGUGGGUGAAAUGGGGCUUGUCUGGCUCUUCUGCUUUCACAAAGAAAGCUUCCCACUCAUUAGCAUCCUAAAUGAAACUUGCUCAACGUGGUUUCCCAAUGCAGACAGCACAAGAGCUUGGCUGGACAUCUACUGAUUGCCUAAAGAUUCCUGGCUGAAGGAGACAGAGAAGAACCCAGGAGCUGCUGCUGGGCUGGCGUGCAGGGAGAGGAGAUCAAGUUGCCUACUGCAGCAGUCUACUGUGUCUGCAAACAAAGGUGAUGUGAAGCUGAGUCUCCCAGUGUUGCUGCUCAAAUUGAAGCUACCCAAACCCAUUACAGGCAGUAGUUUUAAAAGCCAUUUGGAUGCCUUGAAGAAAGUGGAUGAUGGCAGCAUGCUUGGCUUGGAGUGCAAUCACCUCAUCAGGAACUCCCAGUGGGAGCAGCAGGGAACAAUCUUCUGCAGCAUUUACCAGGAGGAUCUGGAGGCCCAGGGUGAGAAGGAGAGUGAGCAGGAGAUCCUCAGACAUGCUACUUUUCACUUUCUCCUGCCUAGCUGGAUCCUACAGGUGGGACGUGAAAUAAAAGUACAACCAGAUGUUCCAGAUGGCAUCAGUGUUCACUGGGAUGGAAGCCACAGUCUCUGCUUGUACUUAUGUAACCAUCCACUCAAGGAAAGAUACCCCCUGUCUGUGACUGCCAUUCUAGAGGAACAUCUCAUCUGUAGGAUCCCCUUCCUGUGGAGUUCUGCAGCUGCCAGUGGUGAGACACCUUGUCCUGGUACAGAUCUUGCCUAUCCCAUCGUGCAGCUUCUGGUGCUGUGUACAGACAGCUCUUUCUAGUGGGUGAAAGCCCCCAGGUCUGGGAAGUCCAGCAUCAAUCUCCUGGCAGACAGGCCUGAAGAUCCAAAUCUUGCUGUCAGCACAGCAGUGCCUGUGCUGGCAUUCCCUAGUGUUGUAAGUUUGCUCUUUCAGGUCCUGAUCUUCUCCUGGGAUGGUGCAGUGUUCCCCAUGAAUCACAGAUCAUUUUAGUGCUUCAGUACUCCACCUUCUCAUGCUGUGGCAUCCCUCUGGCAACCAAUGUGCACAGUGGAUAGUGUGACUUGGUGCUUGCUGCUGCAAGCAGAUAAACAGCAGCAGGCAGAUGCAUUGGCACAGAGCAGAGCCAGUCACAGCACCAUCUUCCUUUUUGACUCCAACUCCUACCCACUGAAGAGUGCUUUCCCAAAGGAACCCCAUUUGCCUCUCAAAUCCUUUCAGAACCUGCUAUGGAUUGAAAGAUGUAACAUUUUCUUACAUGAUAGGCAGCAGCGCCUGCUGAGACCCAGGGAGCAAUUGCCUGAGUACUGGAGUCAUCUGCAGGCACAAGCAGCUGCCAUGGAUGAGGAGAGACAGAAAGUGAAGGGGCAGAAGAAGCUGUAG